GUAAAAGUACCGACCAUUUGUCAAAAUUUAUUUUCAUUAAUUUAUUUAUUAAUUCUUCAAUAAAUUAGAUGUAAGAGUAAUCAAACAUAUUGUUUGUUCAAUAUUGUUUUACAAAGUCAUCAAUUGGCGAUAAAUUGGUCCAAAAUCACGAAGAUUCAAGUGGUCAAUUAAAAACCCGUUCGAACGGUCUAAUAGACACUUCCAACUUCUUUCCUCAAUAUUUGUUUAUAAAAAAAAACUUUAUCAAAAAAGUUGUACAUUAUUAGGAAUACCUUAAUCUACAGUGAAAUUUUAGUCUGCUUUAUCAGUGAAAUCUUAAUGGAACACAAUAGAUUAAUUCAAUUUCCAUUAUCAGACAAUGAUGAACCGUAGGUUAUAAAUGUCAUAAAAAUAGUUUAAAAACCAAUUGACCAAGAUGAGUAAACACAUGUAUUCUACGGCGAAUCUAACAGAUAAGGAAUUGAAAGAACAAGGUAACCGGCUGUUUAAUCUUAGAAAAUACGAAGAAGCCAUAAAUUGCUACAGCAAAGCUAUAAUAAAGAAUCCAGACAUUGCACACUACUUUACGAAUAGAGCGCUGUGUUACCUCAAACUGUUGAAAUAUGAGCAGGCCUGUGUGGACUGCCGCAGGGCGCUCGACAUGGAUUCGAACCUGGUAAAGGGCCACUUUUUCCUGGGCCAAGCUCUCCUCGAGAGCGAAAACUACGACGAGUCGAUCAAGCACCUACAACGAGCAAACGAUCUGGCUAAGGAACAAAAACUGAACUUCGGCGACGACAUAGCGGCCCAACUAAGAGCCGCUAGGAAGAAGAGAUUCUCCAUUCAGGAGGAGAAGAGAAUAUCGCAGGAAAUCGAGCUCCAUUCUUACUUAAAUAAGCUCAUAGAGAAAGACAAGGACGAAAAGGUGAAUUUGAUCAAGAUCGAGGGAGGGGACAACGAGAAAACCCGCCAGAGGAUCCAAGACGUCAACGAAAAGUGCGAUAACUACUUGAGCGAGCUCAAUCAGCUGUUCGUGAAGGUGGACGAUCGAAGGCGAAAAAGAGAAGUGCCCGAUUACCUAUGCGGGAAAAUUAGUUUCGAAAUCCUCCAGGAACCCGUUAUAACGCCUAGUGGGAUAACGUACGAUAAAAAGGACUUGGAGGAGCACCUUCAGAGAGUCGGUCACUUCGAUCCCGUCACUAGAGUUAAACUGACCCAAGACCAGUUGAUUCCGAACUUUGCUAUGAAAGAGGUCGUUGACGCGUUUUUGGCGGAUAACGAGUGGGCUUUGGACUAUUGAAAAUGCAUUUUGUAUUUGUUAAUAUUGAAACGAAGCCGUUAAUUAGAUUUUUUAUUACUUAAUUUGUCUUCCUGUUAAUCCGUUCGUUAAAAAAAAAAUGGUGUUUUGAAACGCCUCGACGAUUUUAUUUUUUGAUAGUCUCUAGAAAAUCGCGUUUGUUUAGAAUUAGGUCGAUUUAAAAAAAUGUUUUCUGUAAAAAAAUUCACGAGACUAUUGACGAAUAAGAAAUCUAUUUAUAGCAGUUCGAUGUUGACAAAGCCGAUUUUAAUUGUAUUCAACAAACAUUUUCGUUGUGGCUUUGUUUUCUUAUUCUUACAUUAAAAUGUAUCCGUUUAUAAAUUGUUUCAAGAAUUUUAAUUUGUUUUUUUGUGUGAAAAUUAACAAACCC